UAUAUCUCCUCCUCCUCCUCCUGCGCGUAUCAUCGUCCCCUUCCCAGUCCGACAGCCAAGAUGCCGCCCAAGUUUGAUCCGUCGCAGGUUGUUGAGGUGUACGUGCGGGUGACGGGAGGUGAGGUCGGCGCGGCAUCUUCCCUUGCCCCCAAAAUCGGUCCGCUCGGUCUUUCUCCCAAAAAGAUUGGUGAGGACAUCGCCAAGGAAACCGCCAAGGACUGGAAGGGUCUGCGCGUAACCGUUAAACUGACGGUUCAAAACCGUCAGGCUAAGGUGGCUGUGGUUCCCUCCGCAGCCGCUUUAGUCAUCAAGGCGUUGAAAGAGCCCGAGCGCGACAGAAAGAAGACGAAGAACAUUAAGCAUAGUGGAAACAUCUCACUUGAUGAUGUUAUUGAGAUUGCGAAAGUCAUGAGCCCACGGUCCAUGGCGAAGGACUUGAGCGGCACGGUGAAAGAGAUUUUGGGUACUUGUGUUUCCGUCGGUUGUACCGUCGACGGAAAGGAUCCGAAGGAUUUGCAGCAGGAGAUCACCGAUGGAGACGUUGAGAUUCCUCAGGAUUGAGUUUUUAAUGGAUUUUGUCUGGAACCUUAAGCCCCCUAGGUUUCGAAUUUUGCUUUAAAACUCUUCUUUUUAAAUCUAAUUUCGUAUUGUGAUGGCAAUGACUAUAUGUGUGUGUUUUCGAUUUUGCUUUACGGUUAUAUCAUGCAUAAUUGAAUUGCUAUAAUCUUCUAUA